ACUUUUCUAAGCCUCUUCCCUCCUCUCUUUCUAUUCUGUCCCCAUUCCUCUGUUUUUUGUUUACCGCUUCUUUUUCUCUUCGUUACCGCCCGGAAACCGCCAUCGUCGACGGGAAACCACCAUUUGUCGCCAGGAAACCGUUUCUGUUUUCUCCGGAGAGCGUCUCUAAUAGGCCGGAAUACCUCUAAUCUAUUUGCUAUUCUCAAAUUUCUGUCGAUAUCUCGAGCAUUUUCGUGUAUCUUGGACAUGGAUCUCCUUUCGUGACUCCGUUCGGCGGAAUACGUGGCUUGUUUUGAGAAUGUAGCGAGUUUUGCUGCAGUUUGAUGGUGUGGUUUGAUCUUAAGUAGCAGAGAUCGUGAUCUAGGGUUCGGUAUUUUAGAUUUGGCUUCUUGCUGGAUUGUUUGGUGAGGUGAAUUGAAAGAAAACGGAGGCGUGUAGAGAACCAUUGCGGAAUGAGAUGGUGGAAGGAAGGGUCUGCUUGUCCAAGAAGGUUGGAAAAGGGUUAGAGUUUUUGAAGCGUAAGCGGCUUCAACGAAUGAAAUCAGAAAUGGUCUCUGAGACUGCAGCUGUCACCAAUAUGAUGGCCAGAAGUGGAGGAGAUGCUUUGCGAGUUUCAGCAUCUUGUGGUGCGAUACUACAUCGGAAUGUGGAUCUAUAUUCUCAGUCAAAUAGUGCUUCAAGUCAAAAGGAUUUCUUUCCAAAGCACAAGGUUGAUAAGUUUGACACUAGUGACCUGGAAUGGAUUGAUAAAAUUCCAGAGUGUCCUGUAUAUUGCCCAACUAAAGAAGAGUUCGAGGAUCCUCUGGUUUACUUGCAGAAGAUAGCUCCAGAAGCUUCAAGAUAUGGUAUAUGCAAGAUAAUAUCCCCUGUGAUUGCUACCGUCCCUGCUGGGGUAGUAUUAACGAAGGAGAAAGCUGGAUUUAAGUUCACAACUAGAGUACAGCCACUCCGUCUUGCUGAGUGGGAUACUGAUGACAAAGUCACCUUUUUCAUGAGUGGAAGAAAUUAUACAUUUCGUGAUUUCGAGAAAAUGGCCAACAAGGUUUUUGCCCGUAGAUAUUAUAGUUCUGGUUGUCUUCCUGCCAAGUACUUGGAAAAAGAAUUUUGGCAAGAAAUUGCAUGUGGGAAGACAGAAACUGUUGAAUAUGCGUGCGAUGUUGAUGGUAGUGCCUUUUCUUCUUCUCCAAGUGAUCCUCUUGGAAGUAGCAAAUGCAAUUUGAAGAAUCUUUCAAGGUUGUCAAAAUCUAUUUUGCGUCUUCUUGACACACCAAUCCCGGGAGUAACUGACCCCAUGCUUUACAUUGGUAUGCUUUUUAGUAUGUUUGCUUGGCAUGUGGAGGAUCAUUAUUUGUAUAGUAUUAAUUAUCAUCAUUGUGGGGCAUCAAAAACUUGGUAUGGUGUUCCAGGUCAGGCAGCCUUCAAAUUUGAAAAGGUGGUUAAGGAACAUGUGUACACCCAUGAUAUUCUAUCAACUGGUGGCGAGGAUGGUGCUUUUGAUGUACUUCUGGGGAAAACGACUUUGUUUCCUCCCAAUAUUUUGUUGGAUCAUGAUGUCCCUGUUUACAAGGCUGUGCAGAAUCCAGGAGAGUUUAUAAUUACCUUCCCCAGUGCAUAUCAUGCUGGAUUCAGUCAUGGUUUCAACUGUGGUGAAGCUGUCAACUUUGCAAUUCGUGAUUGGUUUCCUCCGGGGGCUGUGGCAAGCUGGCGUUAUGCACAUGUCAAUAGAGUGCCUCUCAUUCCUCAUGAAGAACUUCUUUGCAAAGAAGCAAUGCUUCUUUAUUCAAGCAUAGAACUGGGAGAUUUGGAUUGUUCAUCUGCAGACUUGGUCUCCCACCUUUGUGUUAAGCUUUCUUUUGUGAAACUGAUGCGUUUCUUGCAUUGGGCCCGUUGGUCUAUAAUUAAAUCAAGGGCAUGCACUGGUAUAUCUCUAAAUUGUUAUGGAACUAUUGUCUGCAGCAUGUGCAAACGUGACUGUUACGUUGCUUUCAUUAACUGCAGCUGUAACUUGCAUCCUGUUUGUUUGCGACAUGAUAUCAAGUCACUUGAAUUUUCAUGUGGUGAUAGUCACACUCUCUUCUUGAGGGAUGAUGUGGUAGAGAUGGAAGCUGCAGCCAAGAAAUUUGAGCAGGAAGAUGGUUUAUCCAGGAAAAUUGAACAAGCUAAAUGUGAUGAUGACUUGUUUUCAUAUCCUUUGUCAAAUACAUUUCAGACUUCUGUUGAGGAUGGAUACUCUCCAUAUUGUGAAAUUGACUUUGAUUUGAAUCAUGAGGUUGGCAUGGUGACUGUGGAUCAAUCAGAAGAACACAUCUGUCCUAUGUGGUAUAAAGAUGCAGAAGUGACUGAUGGUUCCUCUUCUUUUUCUGUGUCAACUUUCUGUUCAUUCAGAGAGCAAGUUGGAUCUGUGCCAAAAACUCAGGUAGAAGGAAUAGACAAUCUAGGUGACACUGGUACUAAAAUGUCAUCAGAAGCAGUAUCAUGCUUCACACCUGAAUCUUCUCUAUUGUCUGUCUCAUGUGAGGAUAACCAGCAUACCCUGUUGGGCAAUCUUCAUCAAUCUAAUUGUAAGCCUACAGUGGAUCAAGACAGUGAUGAUUCUGAUUCACAGAUAUUUAGGGUUAAGCGCCGUUCUUCUUUGAAUGUGGAAAGAAGAACCACGAAUCAGGCAAUUUCUUCGAAGUACUCUGCACAUCAGGGACUCAAGCGACUGAAGAAACUCCAGCCUAAAGAGAAACAAGCAAUGCCAUCAGAGUGCUGCAGAACUGAUGAAUCAAAUCGCCGAUAUCCUGCUUCUAACUGGAAAGAUGCUUCAGAGAGUGUGAAAGACGGGUUUGGUAAGGGAAGUUCUCUUCCCAUUUCUAUUAAGUACAGGAAGUGGGGCAAUGACAACGUGUUGAGUAGACACCAGGAGAAGCACAUGAGUGAUUGGUUCUAUGAUGAGUUUGGAAAGGCAACGAGGGAACCUCCUCCUAUAGAGACUGGGCGAAAGCAACUUAAAUUUAGAGGCCCAACAUGUCAAGGGUCAGAGCACAGAUGGUUUUACAGAAACUGACAAGAUAUCUGGUUGGCCUGCCUCAGGAGAGCCUGACUUUGCUAACACUUCAUUUUCUCUGAUGGGACUCUAACAACACUGGAAAUUGAACUAUUGAUUCUGGGAGGAGCAGCUGCAGCAGCGAAGAUUAACCAAGGGUAGGGACAGACUUUCAUUCUUUGUGCAGGCCCCAAACUGGGGGGCAUUUUGCACGUACCUUGAUUCUUGGGGUUCUCCAAGCCAGGGUGUUUUUCUGCCUUGGGCAGGAGGUCCUUCCUGCAAAUGCUGAAGUAGGUAAUUUAGUUAGUAACUCUUUGUAAAUUUUUUUUUUCUCUAUAUUAGUCCAAAUUAAUUCUGAGGGGGAAUUGGGAAUUCCCGCUUCUCCUGUCUAAACUUCGCUGCUUCUCAGCUAUGUUCCUCAAUUCUUUUUGUAGCAACGCACUACUAAAAUAAAGUGCAGAGAAAUGC